UUAUAAUCGAUUAUAAAUAUAGGAAUAUACCGUGUACAUUUUUGAUCAAACUUACUGAAAAGAUUGAAAAAAUAAGACGGUUUUGUACAUUAAAAAACUUAUCAAUAAAUUGUUUUUCAGUAAUUUCUGAAUAAAUUUUAAACUAAUCCCACUUUAUGAUCGAGAUAUUUUUAUUUUUUACAAAUGUGAAGUAACUCACAGCUAGUAAAAAGGAAAAUUAGUAAAUGCUGUACAAUAAUAUUAUUGUUAAAAAUGCAUUCGAUUAUUGUACUACUUAUUAAGAUUUUAAAAUAAUGAAAGAAUCUUUUUGUACCUAAUAUGUAGACGGUAUUAAUUUACUGCAUGCGAUGCUUUAGUGUUAAAAUAUGUAAAUAACAAAACAGUUUCUGUAAACUUGCUAUAUUUUUGCUUUACAUAUAAUUAAGUACUGUUAAAGGAAAAACUGUUUAAUAUACAAGAUUGAACAAUAUAUUUCGUAGGCUCUUUUACAAAACAAUGAUCAAACGUGUAUAUUCAACUUAUAAAAGAGUUCCUCAAGUAUGUAUAGUGGGAGCUGGGCCAGCUGGCUUUUAUGCGGCGAUGCAUAUAACCAAGCAUUUCAGACCAGUCAAGAUUGACAUUCUAGAAAAACUUCCUGUACCCUUCGGGCUUGUAAGGUAUGGUGUGGCUCCUGAUCAUCCGGAAGUUAAAAAUGUUAUCAAUCAAUUUUCAAAAUGUGCUCAACAAGAUAAUGUAAAUUUUUAUGGUAAUAUUACAUUAGGAAAGGAUAUUAGUUUAAAACAAAUAAGACAGCACUAUGAUGCUGUAUUGCUGACUUAUGGGGCUGAGGAAGACAGGAUUCUAGGUAUAGAUAAUGAAGAUGCUCAUAAUGUUAUAGCAGCCAGGAAUUUUGUUGGAUGGUAUAAUGGACACCCCAGGGAUAGAAAUUUAAAGGUUGACUUAUCUCAACCAACAGCAGCUAUACUUGGUCAAGGCAAUGUUGCUUUGGAUGUGGCAAGAAUACUUCUCUCACCUAUUGAUGAGUUAAAGAAAACAGACAUCACCGAAUAUGCCCUUCAAGCAUUGGCUGAUUCAAGAGUCAAGGAAUUAUAUCUUGUUGGCAGAAGAGGACCCUUACAAGUAGCAUUUACUAUAAAGGAACUUCGUGAACAAAUCAAGUUAAGAAAUUGUUCAACUUUAUGGAGAGAAAAUGAUUUUCAAGGUGUAGCUGAUGCAGUCAGUCAAUUAGAAAGACCAAGGAAGAGGUUGACCGAACUAAUGCUCAAAUCAUUAGCUGAAAAUAGCAUAAAAGAAGGUUAUGAAAAAUGCUUUAAACCGAUUUUCUUCAGAAGUCCAAAAAGAUUUUUAGUUGAUGGUGAUAAAAACCUUACUGGUAUUGAAUUAGUGUGUAAUAAUCUUGUAGGGGAUAGUAUAGAAAAUCAGAAGUGUGUGCCAACACAAAUAGAAAUUUUAAAAUGUAAUCUUGCUUUUCGUAGCAUAGGAUAUAAAAGUAUUAAGGUUGAUAAUGAUCUAACAUUCAAUUCAUAUGGGUAUGUUCAUAAUUCUAAAGGUCGUAUUGAAGAUUUGGAGUGUAAAGGUUUGGCAAAAGUCUAUGUCUCUGGUUGGCUAGGAACAGGCCCAGUCGGUGUUAUUUUACACACAAUGGGAAAUGCAUUUCAAGUUGCAAAAAUGAUUUGUGAAGAUUUAAAACAGGAUAAAUUUGAUAUGGAUAAAGGUGGGUUUAAUGAUGUUAAGAUUCAUCUAAAUAAUAGUGUUAUAAUAGAUUGGCAUGGUUGGGAGAAAAUAAAUAAAUAUGAAACAGAACAGGGACAGAAAUGUGGUAAAAUACGUGAAAAAAUAACAUCUGUUACAAAAAUGAUAGAGAUUGCAUGUCAAUAGUGUUCCUAAAUUUGUAUAUUUUGGUUUGAGUUAUAAACCUUAUUAUAUUUAAAUAAUGAACAUUUAAUUUAUACUGGUUGUAAAUUUGUUUAUAUAAAUUGUCAUAUAUUUAAGAUAAUCUAAGAACACAUGUUUUGAAAUAUUUAUAA